AUGGGAACAGCUACUGAGAGGUUACGCGCAGGUUGUCACGGUGAGUCUGACAAAAUAUUUUGUAAUUUUGUUAUAAUUUUUGUCGUAUCUGGUGAGCAGGCAGCAGCGGUGGUCGCAGUAGUAGACUCUUCGGUCUCCUGA